AUGGGUUUCCCCUUUUCAGACCCCUUUGCUGAUGCAACUAAGGGUGACGACUUACUCCCGGCAGGGACCGAAGACUACAUCCAUAUAAGGAUCCAGCAACGAAACGGUAGAAAGACAUUAACAACUGUUCAAGGGAUUGCUGAUGAUUAUGACAAAAAGAAACUUGUGAAAGCAUUCAAAAAGAAAUUUGCCUGUAAUGGUACUGUGAUUGAGCAUCCUGAAUAUGGGGAGGUGAUCCAGUUGCAGGGUGACCAGAGGAAGAACAUUUGCCAGUUUCUCUUAGAGGUUGGCAUUGUUAAGGAGGAACAACUGAAAGUUCAUGGCUUCUGAAUUAUGUGUACUUACCUGAAGAACUCUACAGGUUUUGUUCUACCAAGUUGGCUACUCUGUGAAAUAUGAUUCUUCGUAGUAAAUGGACUUCCCAUUCAAAAUCUAAUUUGCUUUUGCAUGAUUAUAGAAAAGAUGUGGGGUAUAGACUAGAAACACAUAAGAAAACUGCAGUAAGAUGGUAGCAAGAAAUGGUUAAGAAUUUUAACGCAUUUCCAAUGGAAAUGUACUGCUGAUACUUCAGUGUAUUUUUCAUCUGAUUUAAAUGUGUUAAAACCAUGUGUGUUACAGCUUAAAUAAACUCUCUUUCCAUU